UCCUCUCUCUCUCUCUCUCUCCCCUUCGCUCUCCCUCAUCUCAUUGUUUCAGAGUAGGCCAAAUUUGAAGUCCUUCCCAGGGAGUGGCCCUGUUCAUCUUAUUCUCCAGCCAAAGCAGGAACAGCGUGAGAAGGAGAGAGACACUUUCAGCAGCCAAAGGACUCGGUGGAAAGAGCAGAGGACCAUAGACAAUAUGCUGCUCUCAGGACCCAAGGCGCUGCUGUUUCUCACUGCACUCAUCAUCCCCUGCGACUGGACACCCCUAGGGGUCAAUGGUCAACGAGGAGACGAUGUGACUCAAGUGACGCAAGAAACCUUCACAGAGGAUCCCAAUCUGGUGAAUGAUCCUUCGACGGAUGAAACAGUUCUGGCUGAUAUCACGCCUUCCACAGAUGACCUGGCCUCGCCCAAUGAUAAAAAUGCCACUGCAGAGUGCCGGGAUGAGAAAUUUGCUUGCACAAGACUCUAUUCUGUGCAUCGGCCAGUCAAGCAAUGCGUUCAUCAGUUAUGUUUCACCAGUUUACGACGGAUGUACAUCAUCAACAAUGAGAUCUGCUCCCGUCUUGUCUGUAAAGAACACGAAGCUAUGAAAGAUGAACUUUGCCGUCAGAUGGCUGGUCUACCCCCAAGGCGACUCCGUCGUUCCAACUACUUCCGACUUCCUCCCUGUGACAAUGUGAAUCUGCAGAGACCCAGUGGUCUCUGAUCAUCAAGGAAGAGGAAAGAAGAAUGUGUGGAUGGGAGGAAGAGAAUGCUCUAAGAAUAGGGAACUCCUUGUCCAACCAUUUUCAGCUAACCCAUAGACAUUAGCAUUUCUUAAACCAAUUGCUUUGCAUGUCUAGCUUUUGCCCCUACUCCCUGAUUUUUCACCCUGACUAAUUAACAUUUAUGUCAUUUUUCAAUACAUAAAAUAUAAAGUCUAUAUUAUUGCAUGGUUUGGGUGCUCCCCAAUAUCAUAGACAUGGUAGAUAAAUGAUGACCAUGUGACUCAUAUACAAACAUUCUACAUACAAUUUCAAGGGAACAUAAACUUUAGGUUAGUAAUAUUUACUAUUAAAUCUGUCUGAGAAAGAUCUUAGAGUGAAAGAAGCUAUCAUUGUCUAUUUUCACUAGUCAUACAACUUCAUUUAUUCUGCUUUCAAGAGUUUCCUAGAUUAACACCCCAUUCAUCUACAUGGUCCUCUUUACUCUUAUUUUAACUGUUUUGCUGAUUGUCCUAACAUUUGCCUGGCAAUUCCUCUUUAUGAGAAGAAUCACAGUAAUUUCUGUAGUCCUAGGAAAUUUUCCAGAGCCAAGAGUUAUACAAUCCUACUAGCAACAUAUAAAGACCCAAAAUGUUGUCUUUUACUAAGCUCAGAGGCUGAGGCUAGAGGAGCACACCAGGUAUAGAACUUGGACUCAUGAUUCCACAUUCAAUUUUUCAUGCAGUUGUCCAAUCGGCAGAUAGUGCUGGAAAGUAAGUCUCAUGUAUUUACUUAGCCCACCUCCACACAUUAAUUAGACAACUUAAUGUGAAAUCAUAUCAUUGGUCUGAGCUUCCUUGAGUUGUUGCUACUUCUUUCAUCCUCAUCACUUACCAAAAUCUAUAGAGAUUAUUGUGCAAAUGCAUUCUAGAAUAGCCUGAUUUGGGGCCUUAAGAAGGGCAUUCAGACCUGAACUUCAAUAGGAAGGCACGAAGUUUACCCAAUGGUUUCUAGGAAAGAGUAAAAGAAACACGAUAUUCAGUCAAACCACAUUGUUAUCUGGCUCUAGCAGUAACCAGGUAGCCUCAAAUAAGUCAUGUUCCCUCGGCAGGCCCUGGUUUAAUGUCCCUAUCUUUAACAUGAGAAAGUUAAAUUUAUGUAAGUUCUAAGGUUUCUUUUAAUUAUAUGAUUCUCAAGAUUUGAAUGCAUUAGUCUUGUUUCUUGAAACCUAGACGUAGUCUAAUUCACAACAACCACGUCUGCUUUAUAAGGUGGGAAAUACCCUCCAUUAGGACAGCAGGCCACAAUGUCAUAGAACAAAAUCCCAUUAUAAGUGACAAAUUAUAUAUUAUGAGCCCUUCCAUCUGAAUAACUCAGUAACUUUCUACAAAGCCAAUGAAAUUCAAGUGAGAACCAGGGGACUCUGAGACAACAAGUUACCUGAGAGAAUUCCACUCUGCAGGGAUGGAUUCCUUUCGUAUUGCUGAGAAGACUACCUAAAUGACGAUCAGGCUCUUGCUGUUAAGAAGCAAUUUAAUUUAAUGGAUUUGCACAACUGAAUAAAGAGAAAUGCUAGGAAAAGCCCCAAAGCAUGUCAUCUCUGCUCCGUAGUCUCUAGAAGUAAAUGUACUCAUACCUAGAAAGACAUAUUAAGUGGAUAUUGUAGCUACUGUAGAGAAAUCUCAUAGGCACAGAGUUUCCAAGAAUCUCUUCGUGAACUUGACCCUCCUACUGCAUGUUGAAUGAGAGGUGGCAUUUCCACCAGAAAGCACCUCAAUCCCAGUAUUGUGUAUGUUGCAAAUUAAACAUUUUAAAAUAA